AUGGAGUCCAUUACAGCUUCUGAACCUCCUCCCCGUCCCAGGCGUACGUCAACUGAUUCCCAAAACUCCGUUACAGCCAUGGAUUACAUAAACUCACAACUCGCGCUCGAAUCUGAAGCCCGUGAAAUAAUGCCAUACGCAUUUGAUAGCUGCACAAACGCUCUUGGUCCCCUACGUCAACCAGUCUUCUCAUGCAAGACGUGCCAGGUCCCCACAGAGUCAUCGCCCAAAUUUGCAGAAUUUGUGACUAAGGGCGCAGCUGGAAUAUGUUACAGCUGUUCGAUAUCAUGCCAUGGUGAUCAUGAGCUGGUGGAGAUAUUCAACAAAAGAGAUGUUGUGUGUGAUUGUGGCACAGAUAGAAUGCCGCAGGGUAGCUCGUGUGAUCUGAGGAAGGUUGCUGGCGAGAGAGGCAGGGUUGGCAGUAGGUACUGCCACAACUAUUGGGGCAGGUUUUGUUGGUGUGAUACGGAUUAUGAUCCAGAGAGUGAGAAAGGCACUAUGUAUCAGUGCCUGUUGGGCGACGCCUGUGGAGAGGAUUGGUUCCAUGAUGGAUGUAUUGUGGGCGAAAAAAACGCCGAAAAGGAUCCAAAGAUGGAGGAGGCGGUUGUCACAGCUGUUGAAGGAAAACAGGAGACUGUGGAUACAGCUGUAGAGGGACCAGAGGGAAAGACAGAGCCAACAGAGUCGGCCCAAAACGGCGAUGAAGAAGAAGAGGAGGAGGAGGAGGAACGUCCCGCCGGUUUUCCCGAGGAAGAAUCUUUUGAGCACUAUAUUUGUUGGCUCUGCAUAGAGAAGAACCCAUGGCUACUUCGUUAUGCUGGCACACCAGGGUUCCUUUCGGCUGUCGACAAAAAGGACGCUCCACUCUCUGUCGCUACAAUUGUCCCUACUAUAGCUCUAUCUAAUAACCUCACCUCCGAGCCUAUCGCUCCAGGAGAUCUAGAAGCUGCAAUUAUAUGUGAUAAGAAACGAAAGGCAGAGGACGAAGUUGUAGAACCAGGUCACAAACGCGCAAAAACACCUGACGCCGCGAUAGCGCUCUCCUCCGGAAACAACUCUACAGUGGUCGCUAUCUGCACCUACAAUAAUCUUCCCCCUCCACCGCCUUCAACUUACCAUCAAUCUCUCUUUCUCACAGCCACCUUUCGCACGCACCUCUGCCGAUGCCCCACCUGUUUCCCCCUUCUUGCGCCACACCCAUGUCUCCUCGAAGAAGAGGAAAGCUACGAGCCCCCCCUUGAUGCCUCCGAAGAUGGCGCCUCAGUUCACUCUGGUGGCUCACUUUUUGAUCGCGGAGAGCGCGCACUGAACAUGGUGGACCGCGUACACGCAAUCGAGGGCGUCAUGGCAUAUAACCAGCUCAAGGAGAAGGUAAAGGACUUUCUGAAGCCUUUUGCAGCCAGCGGAGAGGCAGUUGGCGCCGACGACGUCAAGAGAUAUUUUGCAGAGCUGAGGGGUGAUGUGCCUGCGAAGAAAGACGGCGGUGGUGCGGCGGCGGAUGUUGCUGGGAAAAGGGAGGAGAGUGCAAAGUAG